UCGGCAGCGUCCCCACCUCCGAGGGACUAGCGCCACCCCUUUCCCUCCUUGCGUCCAAAGGGCCCGGACAGGCAGCCUUGGGGCGGGGCUGGUGUGGACUGACGGUGCGGAGACGGUCUGCGGGACUGUAGAAGUUCCCCGGCCUGAGCGAGCGGAGAUUGGAGAAGCGGAACGGCGACUGCCAGAGUCUCCCGGGCCAGGCGUCGUGCGCGACAUGGAGCGGCUUGCUGGAGACUGACUCGAUCUCACCUGCUGCAAGGGGCUGGGGGCGCCUGCCGUCCCGGCGCUCCAGAUCCCAGCGCGGCUGGAGCCUCCAUGCGGGGGUUGUCUGCGAUGACGAUGAGCCGGGCGCUGCUACCGUUUCUCGUGACCUGUGGCUUGCUAGGGAUGCAGCCGCAGCCCAGCCGUUGCCAGGAGCCCCAGACCCCGGACUGGAGAAUGACGCUGAAGACCAUCCGGAACGGCGUCCACAAGAUAGACACUUAUCUCAACGCGGCGCUGGAUCUGCUGGGAGGAGAGGAUGGGCUCUGUCAGUAUAAAUGCAGCGAUGGAUAUAAGCCUUUCCCCCGCUAUGGCUAUAAACCUUCACCACCCAAUGGAUGUGGUUCUCCCCUCUUUGGUGUUCAAUUUGACAUUGGCAUUCCUUCGAUGACAAAAUGCUGCAAUCAACACGACAGAUGUUAUGACACCUGUGGUAACCAGAAAAAUGAUUGUGAUGAGCAAUUUCAGUAUUGCCUCUCUAAGAUCUGCCGAGAUGUACAAAAGACAUUAGGAAUACCAGAGAGUGUACAAGCAUGUGAAUCAACAGUUCAGUUGUUGUUCGAUGCAGUCAUACAUUUAGGAUGCAAGCCAUACCUUGAUAGCCAAAGAGCAGCCUGUAUGUGUCGGUAUGAAGACAAGAGGGAUCUUUAAAGAUGCUUGCAACCUGGUUCAAGAUCAGCCUUUCUUGCUAGUGCCCUUUUUAGUUUUUUGUUUUGUUUUUGAUUUGUUACAAAGCUGUUGGGAAACGUGUGAAACGAUUGUCUUCCACAGAAGAGUUUUUUUGUUUUAUUUUUAUAUAGCACUUCUUACUUCCAUCAUCACUUUUGGAUAGAUCCUUAAUUUUUAAGGAUUGUUUGCAUGCAUUUUUUAAGCUGACACUAAUAUUUUGUCACUUGGUCUUGGAGUGAUGGUAUGAUUAUGGAUAAGUGCUGCUCUAAACUACUUAAAAGAUCUUAGUAGUGGUGAAGGAGGUGAAGACCCAUAAAAUUGCAUUGGGGGAACAAAAUAGUAGGUCAAACUUUGGUUUCACCAGCACUCAGUGUCUCUUUAGUGCCUUGAUUUUAUUGGCAAGCAAGGAAAUCUCAAACGUUUGUGGGUUCAGCUUGCAAUCUUGUGUCCUACAUUAGUGUGAUGGUGGACCAUUAUUUUUAAUAGAUUCUCUUUAGUUUGCUAAUAUUUGUAGUAUGUUUUACGUAUUACCCCAAUGCAAUUGAGGGUAUACAUAUCCAUUUAUGAAGCGGACUGUCUUCUGAAGUGCCUGUAUAAUUAAAAACCAGAAGUCUGAAAUAUUUUUGAAAUGUUCAGUAGGUUAUAUGUUGGCUUUCUAGAAUGUAUGUACAAUUUCUCAAGACAACAAAACAGAGCUUUUUAAAAAUGAGACAAUUUAGUCAAAUGUUUUUGACACAAAUAUAUUCUGUGCAAUACAGGCCUCUUAAGACUAUUACAAAAAUAGAAUCUUAUUGGCCAGAGCAAACAAAAUAGAUGAAUUUUUUCAAGUAUAAAACAUACCAGUCCUUUUAUCCUAUGCAAAUUUCAAGACGAAAUACAAAAAUAAUGAGUUGCUGUUUCUUAGGGGAGUGGGAAUACUUUUUAAGAGUUGUACAAGGUCUUAUGUCCACUUUAUAUUUAAAUAAUUUUGAACUACUGAGCUUUAAAUAGAAAAUUAUUCCAUACAUUUCAUGUUCUUCUAUAUAUUUUAAAAAAUGAAGUUAUUCCUCAGGAACAAUGGUCACAGUCCAGCUCCAAGUGUGCAGUGGCAUGGAGGCUUAAGCCUUGUAACUGCAUGCAGCAUACUUCUGAGUAACAUGCACAAAAAAUCAGGUUUCACAUCCCACUGAAAGCAAUAUGACUUGUAGUUGCAACUUAGCCUUUUAAAAUUGGUUUCAGUGGGACCUGGUCAUGGCCGAACUUCAGCUGGAUUUUGACCAAGAGACUUUCAUUGAUUGCCUUUGAGCUUCAAGUUCUCCCUUUUAUGAAAGUCAAUGAAUUUUUAACACUGACCAUAACUGUCCCUCAGGUCUCUGAACACACAAGCACUACAAGCUUUUGAAAUGAAAUUACUUGAAAAGAGAUCUGUGAUAUGUUGAUGAAGGAUAAGGGAAUUUUAUAAGUGAAAAUGUGUAAAAU